CCCCAAUUUAUACAAUCUUGCUAGACUGCAAAUCAUUGUUUAUUUUGACCUAGCGUUGGGCAGGGAAUGGUUACUCUGACAGAGUGGAGGUGUGUCUCAGCUAGAGAAUGAACAUUAUGUUUUUUUCCUCCCAAGUUUUUAACGAGAUGCUGUUAAACACAGAACAAAAUAAAAGGGUCUGGCUGGAGAAAGACUUGAAGCACUUUCCUUCCAACCAUGAAUCGGAGUUCAUUCAGAUGCCGCUUUCUAGCCCCUGCCAACUUGGUCCUGCUCUGGGUAUCUGCUGCAAUUGAACAAGUAGCUGCUUCACUUGACAGCAACUUCAGUUUAAGCAAGCCAAUGAACCAUAUUGUGGAUCAGUGCGCACAGUAUUUUCAGGAUGGCCAGGACCUUUGCGUGACAACGAAAGCGUGCUGUCAGACUGGAGUGGAUGAAUACGGCUGGAUUGCCGCGGCUGUGGGCUGGAGUCUCUGGUUCCUCACACUCAUCCUUGUCUGCAUCAGCAAAGUAGCAAAGCUGAAGCCUGAUGAACCACGGAAAUACACUGCAGCUUGAGACUCAAGAGGCAGAGAAAAGAACCUCCCUGAGCAAGAGAGGAGGAAAGGAAGCAAUCCAUUUCAUGGGACCGGAAACAAAGCUGAUGGGACUCUUGAGUCUUCAGGGUUAACAAGUGACCUGAAGCAAAGCAAGGCUGUAUAAUAGAACUCAAUAAAGGCUUUUAGAUUAAAAUUAUCUGCAUAACAUUUAUCUUGGAGUUUGGAACUGACUUUAGAUUCUCUAAAACUGAAUAUUUCCAUAUGUCACAUACCCUUAGAGGGAGAAUUGAUCAUUUGACAAGCAAUUUCUUGUUCCAGCUAUUUCUCUAAUAUUGUCCCUAGUCUUAGACCAUGACUAUCAUGUCUUACAUACAUGUUUUCUGCUGUGGCAUCUUUACUGCAAGUUCCAUUGCACCCUCUGCUCUUGUUAGGUUUCCACAGGGCAGGACUUUAUCCAAUGCCUGGAAGGGUAAGUUAACCAUAUAGUGAAUGGUGGGCCGCCAAUGGCUCUUCCAUCAGUGCCCUUGUUCAAGAGGACCAAGGUCCUAAUAGAACAGGUCCAAGGCUUGAAUAGCCAGCUCUCUCGAACCACAAUGAAAAAGCAAAGGCCUGAUUUUGCGCAAGAGGCUCAGGGCUGUUGCAGGUCAUGGUGGAGACCUCAGGCCAAUGUAGUGAGGUUGAAGAUGUCAGCAAAAAAACUCCAGCCAGUUGGUUGCUGCAUGUUUUAAGAAUGUACACCAUCAGGGCCAAAUGCUUUCCGAGGGUUCACCUCAGCCUCGGGGACCGAGAUCAGUGUCAUCAGGGGAGGUGAGGCUUCUGAAGAGGCAUUGUAGUUCUCUCUUUCGAAGCGAGCAUAGAAAGCAUUGAUACACAACAGAUGUAGAGUUCAGAAUGCAACAGAGAAUCAGCUCAAUCCAGCAACUAGGGGAAAUCAAAGAAGAGGGAGAGAGAAGAGAAAUGAACACAACCGGUGUUUAGAAGUGCUUUAAUAGACAUAUAAAUGGUAAGAAAGUAGAUUAAAAAAAUAGGGUUGUGCUCCAUGGGUACAAAGCAGGUUUUGUGCUGAAUGAUGGAAAAGCUGCUAUUAAACAAGAACAUUGAAUACUGAAUUGGUUACUGAUAAGGCAGUAAUGGUGGAUGUGGUAAUAGUAUACGAUGGCAAAGGAACUAAAAUUUAAAGAACAAGGAGGUGCAAAUAUUUGAUAGCAUCCAAAGUAGAAAGUUGCUGAGAAGGAAGAUUGCAAGUUGCAAAUAUUCUGACUACAAAAUGUAAUGACAGUGUUCAAAAAAUAAGAAUAAAUCUGACAACUACAACUGUUAAUUCACAUUGAUGCAGAAAAAACGUUGAAAUAUAGCGAUCCGUUACAAAUUCUACCUCAGGUCAAACUAUUCACAACCCUGUAAAAUUUUACACUUCCAAUAUCCUGUCAAUUAAAACUACUGAAUCAUCACCAUCUACACCUCCGACUUCAGAUAUAACUCUGACUCCUG